CUUAUACCAUAUCUUCUAUAUAUUAUAUUUUGUGGAAUUGUCUUUUUGUUCACACUCUAAUGUUGACCAAACACUCAAAAAUCAACUCAUAAUUCCCCCUCGUUUUUCCGACCGCCAUGAUCACCGGAAUGUUGACCGGAAAGCAGUCCGUUUACCUCAUACUGCUGCUGAACUUUAUACCCACUUUGGUAAAUUCACAAUCUCUGGUCACCACCAAUGAACGUGAUAUUCUACUGAAGAUAAAACGUCAAUGGGGAAACCCAUUAUCACUCAGCUCAUGGAACUCUACUUCCUCGCCGUGUGAUUGGCCGGAAAUUGAGUGCUCCGAUGAUGGAGAAGUCAGAGGAAUAAUACUUCAAGAAAAAGACAUUACUGUCGAAAUUCCGAGUUCCAUUUGUGACCUCAAAAAUCUAACUUUUCUCAAUCUUGCUUUGAAUUUUCUCCCCGGAAAGUUUCCAACUUUUCUAUACAACUGUUCAAGUCUUGAACACUUGGACCUUUCUCAGAACUAUUUUGUGGGUCCCAUUCCGGCGGAUAUUAACCGUCUUAAGAAACUCAAGUAUCUUGAUUUGGGUGGUAACAACUUCACCGGAGAUAUCCCGCCGACGAUCGGAAAUUUAACGGAGUUGGAGAGCUUGUACUUGCAUAUGAACUUGUUUGAUGGAACAUUUCCGGCAGAAAUCGGAAAUUUAGCCAAUCUUGAAAAUCUGGGGUUGGCGUUUAAUGGGUUUUCUCCGGCGAGAAUACCGCCGGAGUUUGAGAAGCUGAAGAAAAUGAAGUAUUUUUGGAUGAGACAAGCGAAUUUGAUUGGCAAAAUUCCUGAAAGUUUCGGGAAUUUUCAAAGUCUUGAGCAUAUUGAUUUGGCUUAUAACAAUCUUGAAGGAGAAAUUCCAUCUGGAUUGUUCUUGUUAAAGAAUUUGACAUAUGCUUACUUGUACAGUAAUCAGCUUUCGGGUUUGAUUCCUGAAACUAAUAAGUCAUCAAAUUUGAUUGAACUUGACAUUAGCUCAAACAAUUUGACUGGAAAAAUCCCUGAAAGUUUUGGAGAAUUGAAACAAUUGGAAAUUCUGAAUCUGUUUUCAAACCAAUUGUAUGGAGAAAUUCCAGAAAGCAUAGCCAAGAUUCCAACUUUGAAGGUAUUCAAAGUAUUCAGGAACAAAUUGAAUGGGAGUUUACCAUCUGAAAUAGGACUUCAUUCAAAGCUACAAGUUUUUGAAGUUUCACAGAAUUUAUUCACUGGAAAUUUACCUCAGCAUUUGUGUGCUGGAGGGAAUCUCUUUGGUGUGGUAGCUUAUGUCAACAAUUUAUCCGGUGAAAUACCAAAAUCACUUGAAACUUGUUCUACUUUACGUACGAUCCAGCUCUAUAAGAAUCAGUUUGUUGGGGAAAUUCCAUCUGGUGUUUGGACUUUGGUUAACAUGACAAGUUUGUUAUUGAAUGAUAACUUGUUUUGGGGGAAGUUACCGAGUAAAGUUGCAUCCAAUUUUACGCGGUUGGAGAUCUAUAACAACAAGUUUUCAGGUGAAAUUCCAGUGGGAAUAUCUUCUUGGACUAGUUUGGUUGUACUUUUGGCGAGUAACAAUUCAUUUUCGGGGCAGAUUCCAGUGGAGUUGACUAGUCUUUCUAGGCUAACUCGGCUGGAGCUUGAUGGGAAUUCAUUUUCUGGAGAAAUUCCAGCAAAAAUAACAUCAUGGAAAUCUUUGACAAUUUUGGAUCUUGCUAAGAACAAACUCUCUGGUAAGAUUCCAGCAGCUAUAGGUUUAAUUCCUGAUCUUGUUGCUCUAGAUUUGUCUCAGAAUCAAUUUUCAGGUCCAAUUCCACCUCAAUUAGGUGUAAAGAGGAUCACUAGCCUUAACCUAUCUUCCAAUCAGCUUAUCGGAAAAAUCCCUGAUGCAUUUGCUAACUUAGCCUUUGAAAACAGUUUCUUGAACAAUCCCAACCUUUGUACCAGCAACUCACUUCCAUAUCUUCCAAAUUGUAAUGCCAAAGUCAGCAAUUCCAAAAGAUUGUCCCAUAGAGUUCUAGCUCUGGUUCUAGUCCUUGCUAUCGCUGUUUUCCUGUUUACUGUUGUAUCGACCUUGUUCCUGGUCAGGGACUACAAGAGGAAGAAGCAUAAGCGGGAUGUUGCAAGUUGGAAGUUGACUUCAUUCCAGAGGUUGGAUUUCACUGAGGCAAACAUUUUGUCAAGUUUGACUGAAAAUAACAUGAUUGGAAGUGGCGGAUCAGGAAAGGUGUACAAAAUUUGCAUUGGUAGAUUGAAUGAAUACAUUGCUGUGAAGAGGAUUUGGAGUGAUAGGAAAGUAGACUACAGGCUCGAGAGAGAAUUCUUGGCUGAGGUUCAGAUAUUGGGAUCAAUUAGACAUUCCAAUAUAGUCAAGUUAUUGUGUUGUAUUUCGAGCGAGGAUUCAAAGUUGCUCGUCUAUGAGUACAUGGUAAAUCACAGUCUUGAUAGAUGGCUUCAUGGAAAGAAGAGAAGUUCAUUGAAUAAUAAAGCCAUGGAUUGGCCAACAAGAUUGGAAAUUGCCAUUGGAUCUGCUCAAGGACUUUCCUACAUGCACCAUGAUUGCACUCCACCAAUCCUUCAUCGCGAUGUGAAAUCCAGCAAUAUCUUGUUGGAUUCUGAAUUCAAGGCAAAAAUUGCUGAUUUUGGCUUGGCUAAGCUCUUAGAUAAGAAAGAAGAGCUUCACACCAUGUCGGCUGUUGCUGGUUCAUUUGGUUAUAUUGCUCCAGAGUAUGCUUAUACAACGAAAGUGAACGAGAAGAUUGAUAUCUAUAGCUUCGGAGUGGUACUAUUGGAGCUAGUGACAGGAAGACAACCAAAUUUCGGGGAAGAGCAUAUGAGCCUUGCAGAAUGGGCAUGGAAGCAGCACGGAGAAGGGAACAAUGCCAUCGAUAAUAUGUUGGAUUCAGAGAUCAAGGAAGCAUGUUACUUGGAAGAAAUGAAAACUGUGUUCAGACUCGGGCUUAUAUGCACGAGCAACUUGCCUUCAAGUAGGCCUACCAUGAAAGAGGUUCUGCAGAUACUACAUCGAUGCAAGAACUUUAGGAAUUCCGGAGGAAAAUCACCAGAUAAAGAGUAUGAUGUUGCACCCCUCCUUGGCAACAACAGCGAAAAGUACAUUGCAAGUUACAAGCGUAUAAAUUCUAAUAAGGUAAUAGAUGAUAGUGAUGAUGGUCUAAUAAUCUCCACUGUGUAAUAUCAGAGAUACUCUGAAAGUGGAAAAUACCAGUGUAAUCUGAGUCUUUGUAAAAUGACCAUAGAAUAUAGGUCUAUAGAAUAGUGCCACUAAGUACAAGUUUGAGCAUGUUGUAAGUUAAGGAUAGAAAACACUAUAAUAAUGUUUUUCUUAGUGUAUUUUUGGAUUUUAACAGCCAUAUUGGCCCAUUGGAGCAUCUAUUA